UCUCUCGGCUCGCCUCGCGGACGGCGGCACCGUUUCGCCGUUCAGUACGCCACAGGACACCAGAACAUCGGCACGUCGUCGCAGAGCACCACCACCGCCGCCAAACGAGCACCGUCCCCCGCCGUCACUCCACGUCCCUGUCCUCGCCUCCUUCUCUCACACACAUCCCAAGCACCGGCCGCCGCCGCCGUAAUCACUGACUCUGUGAUACGAUCCAGUCAAAAACACAUCGCCACCACCUGCGAACGCGCCUGGAGGCUGCCGCCCGGCGACGUUGAACCAUCACACUAACACCGGAGGGCAAGGACUUUCAUGCAUUCGCAUAUUUAUCUGGUUAACUUUUUCGUAUGCAGAAUGGACCUGAUGAAAAUCAGCGUCGUAUUGUACAUCUCAUUCAUAUUAAUACUCAAUAAGUAUACGGAUUGUACUACUCAUCCUAGAGUCAAAAUGUAUGGUCCCAAAGUAACAGUCAUAGAUCGUCGAAAACCUGAGGCGAAAAUUGGACAAGACGGAAUUAAUGAGGUAAAAAUUAUUUCUCAGCCCGAAGACUUUUUGGACGAACCCAGCUGCCUAGAAUUGCGUUUAAUGUGGCGUACAUAUCAGCGGCAAAAUCAAUUUUCACAGUCAGCCAACAAUUUACCGCUGGCUUUCGAUCCGUUUGCAUUUAAUACGUGGGAAGAUUACAUCAAGCCAAGAUAUAUUAACAGACAAAAAUCAAUGAUGUUUGAAAGAACCAUACCGGACAGAUUUCAUAUUUACAGACAACUCAGACCGUUUGAAAAAAUCGCUAGGCUGACUACUACAACGAGGGCUAUCAUGGACGAUCAAUUGACGAGAAAAGCAAAUUUAUUUCGUUUAGGCUAUCAUCCCUUAACUAAAAUCCCCGUAAUUGCCAUGCGCCUAACGGCCAAAGACAGAUUUCAAGAGUUAAAAGAAUUGAUGCGCCAUGAGAAAUCCAAUAAUUACCAAACGGGAGACAGCGAAGACGAACAGUUUUCCGUCGUACCGAUCACCUCGGCGGCGGUUACUUCCAAUGGCACUGCAGGUAAAAAACGACCAGGCUACGAGACGUUGAUGUCUCGACCCAGGCACUUUUCACAAGGGCAUUAUAUGAACGUGAAACCAAACGGCGAAGAGAUCGACGAUACUGUGACAAUUACACCCCAGUAUAAAUCUUCACCACUUAUCAGACCAUGGAAUUCUAGAUGGUAAAUGUCAUAAAGACAAUAUUACGUCGACAGUAAAGCCCAGAAUACCUAGGUACACAAUAUUAUGUUCAUAUAUUAUAUUCCAAGCAAAUCCUACGUCCAUUCACAGAAACUUACCAUUUGUCUUCCUUCCGACGAUGAAUUACCUGAUUCGUUACGCUUGUUCUUGUGUAUAAAUAAAACAAGAUUAAGGUAAGCAUAGAUACACUUAUUAUUCAUCAUAUAUUAAUUAUAUUUUAAACUAACAAUUAAUUUAAUUCAUUUUUUGUGUAAAUUAUUAUUGAUUUUGAAUGCCUGUUAAAGUCGUGUUCUUUAAUUUAACAUGAGUAUUAUAAAUCUUUGCUUAAUUAAAUAUUAAAUAACCAUAGAAUAGUAAAUUGAAUUGUGAUUAAAAAACAUAGUUAGUAUAAAUAUUACAUCAUAGUAUAUAUAUAAUAUAUUAUAGAGCCAUAAUCAAUUUUAUUUUAUUGUUAAGAUCAUAAAGCGUGAAACUUACUUUAUUUUUAUUUUAUCUGACGUUGAUAAUUAUUAUUAAAACUUUAUUACCUG